AUGGUCCGUAAACUUAAAUAUCAUGAGCAGAAAUUGCUCAAGAAGGUUGAUUUUCUCCAGUGGAAAAACGAAGAUAAUAUUCGAGAAAUCAAAGUCAUUCGUCGUUAUCACUUGCAAAAACGAGAAGAUUAUCACAAAUACAAUAAAUUAUGUGGUUUAAUAAAAAAACUUGCAAAUAGAAUUUCUUUAUUGGAUCCACGAGAUCCCUUUAGGAGUAAACAAGAAGCUGCAUUAUUGGAUAAGCUGUGUUCUAUGGGCUUAAUUACCGCUAAGAAACAGUUUAGUCAACUUGACAAAAUUACUGUUUCUGCUUUUUGUAGGCGGAGACUACCAAUAGUAAUGUGCCGUCUAAAAAUGGCAGAAACGGUAAAAGAGGCUGUUACUUUUAUCGAACAAGGUCACAUUCGUGUUGGACCGGAAACCAUUACUGAUCCUGCAUACUUAGUCACAAGGAAUCUCGAAGAUUUUGUUACUUGGGUGGAUACUUCAAAGAUAAAACGCAAGAUCAUGAAAUAUAAUGAUAAGAGUGUAGCUAGUAGAAUGUUAUGUUGGCAUAAUCGAAGUCCAUUGCAUCAUUUUUAUAUGGAUAGUACGUUUAAAAAUUUUUACAUGGAAUCCUUCAUAUGGUUAUUCUCUGCUGCCAAAUUUGCUUUUUUUAUUCCCAAAUUAUGUGUUUAUCAUUGGAAGAGUGCGGAUAUACAAAAUUACUUCUGCACUGCAAAAGCCUCAGUUAGCCGUAUGUUAGAACCUGAUCAAGAAACUACUAAAACAAACUACGAAGUACCUCUAAGGCGGGCAAUUACUAAUGUAGAAAUAACUAAGAAAUUUAAAGCAAAUAAUAUGAAAAAUAUUGAUCAUGCUAAUAGCAAAAUUACUGAAAUUGAACCGAUUUUAAAUAAUAAAGAAAAUAUGGUUGAAAACUUUAAUAAUUAUGACAAUUAUUCUACUAGAGUUUUUGAACAUAAUUAUCCGGCUUGCUAUUAUCCAUCAAAAGUAAGAAAAACUCAAAGAAAAGAAUAUUGGAUACCUGAUGGAUAUAGUGUUGAAACAAAAAUUGCGAAUCAAAUUUUGCGCUGUGAAACAAAAUAUAUAUUAAAUAAUAAA